AUGAGCCGUCUCGCGCUCCUCGCACUCUUCGGUCUCGCGGCCCUGGUGAUUGCCGGUCCCCUGUCCAAACUCGAUCUGGACGGCAUCCUCGAUGAUGCGACGGCAAACUCCUUCAAUACCUUCAAGUCGCGCUUCGGACGCAAAUGCGCCGAUGGAUCGGCUGACUGCAAGGCCCGCAAGAGGAACUUCGCUCGCAACUGGAAAUACGUCCUCGAGAAGAACAAGACCUGCGACGGAUACCAGCUCGGCAUGACGGAUCUGAUGGACUUGAGCGAGGCGGAGAAGGAGAGCCGCCUUCUCGGCAAGGACUUCCAGCCGAAGAUCGACGAAUCCGUCCAGCUCGUCCACCCCGAUGACGCGCCCCGUCGUCGCAAGCGGGAUGCCGCCGCUAGCGAGGACUACCGCCAAUACGAUCUGGUGAACCCGAUCCGCAACCAAGGAGGCUGCGGAUGUUGCUGGGCUUUCUCCUCUGUGGCGGCCAUCGAAAUCCAAUCAAACUGGGUCAACGACAAGUACGGAAGCAGCAUGCGUCAGUUCUCUGAUCAGCACGUUCUCGACUGCACCGGCAGUGGUGCCACCUGCGCUGGAGGAUGGCCGAGCGAUGCCAUCAGCCGUGUCAACUCUUCCGGAAUCGCGCUUCUCGCCACCCUGCCCUACAAGACCUCCAAGUCCACUACUUGCCCCACCCCGUCCGUCGUCCGCCCGGUCACCGGUCUGACGAUGCUGACCAACAACCCGGCCGGAACUCGUGACUUCAUCUGGUACACUGGACCGGUUGUUGCUUGCUUCCAAGUCUGUAACGACUUCUACUCAUACACCAACGGCAUCUACACCCGCAACUGCAAGACCACCGAUUCCGAUUACAAGGGAGGCCACGCCAUCACCCUUAUCGGAUACGGAACUGAGGGUGGAAUCGAUUACUGGCUUGGACGCAACCAGUGGGGAACCGGCUGGGGCAUGGCUGGAUACUUCAAGAUCAAGCGCGGCGCCGACACUGCCUCGAUCGAAUCGUACCACACCGUUGGCCCCAUCUGCGGAACCAUC